UAACACCAAAUUAACUUUUAAAAAAUAAGAAUUCGUUUCUUUGUGUAUUCAUUUCUUUAUUAUGAUUACAUUGUGGUUCUGUUAAUUAUCAACGCGUUUUGCAGGUUUGUUUGCUUUAAAAAACUGUGUAGAAAGGAUUGGUAAAUGCAAAUUGUAAACUAUAAGUAUCCUGGAAGUUGGAACUAUUCGUGAUAUUUUCAGCAUUAGUCCUGUAGCAGAAAUUGUCAAGGCUAUUCAAUGACAGAAAUGUGGGAAUACUGGUGUGGUAAGAUGGAUUCAUCCACUCCUGUUUCCGAUAAAGCAGAAGAUAAUGGUGGACAAGUGGAAAACACACAAUCGUGUGAAGUUAAACAAACAAAGCAAGUUUUUCAAUAUAAUUCAAUGCAAGAGGUUAAACAAGCAAUAGAGGACUUUGAAAAAGCCACUCAUUCGAAGUAUGUGUUUUUUCAAAAAAAAUAUAAAAAGGAUAUCCUGAGCUCUUUCCUGCAUUGGAGUAACGAAGGCAUACCUUAUAUUAUAAAAUCAUUCGCAAAAUAUGAAUGUGAAUAUGGAAAAGAUAGAUGUAAAAAUCGUAACUUGAAAACAAAAAAAACUGCGAAUCACCACAUGCUAGGUUCAAAAAAGAGAAACUGUAAAGCGUUCAUAUUCGUAAGAGAGAUUAUUACAUAUCCAGAUUAUAAGCAUGAAUUUAAAAAGCAUGUUCAAAUAAAAUCUCAAAAGGAUAAAGUUUCAAGAAAACUAAGAAGCGUUGGUUUUUUAUCUGUUCCACGGCAGAUUACAUGUUUUAUUGUGGGGUUUCCCACUUCUGAUGAACACUCUGGGCAUCAGUUUGACCAGUUGGAUAAAAUGAAUUCUGAUGAUUUGGAUGAGUUGGACAGUAGAGUGGUUGAGCAUUUGGGUGUUUUGAUUGACCAACGUGUGCCCUUCAAACAAUUAUUGCCAGAGUUGAAGUUAUAUGUGGUCAAUGUACUGUUUAAGGAUAAAACACCACCUGUGCCAAACAACAGACAUUUUUUUCCAACAAAGAAAACAUUUUUUAAAUAUAACUGUCUUCUUAGACAAAAGAAAGGAAAAAAACGUAAAAACACAAAUAAACAAAAUCGUAAAAAGACCGAAGCCCAAACAACACCCGAAGCUCCCUCAACACCUGAAGAUCCUGCAACAGCUGAAACUUUGUUUCCAAUUGGUGAUCCAGCUUAUGUUACAUUCGACCACGAAAUUGUUUGUGCUUUUCACGAGGGGGGUGUUUGUGAUCAUGUGCAUGAGAUUCAAGAUGCUGCCACUGAUGUAUAUCUUAUACAGCCUGAUUACAAUGCUGUAGAUACUGCCCAGCAAAGCUUAGCUGAGGAAACCUUUACAGGUGGACAUAUGCAUAAACUUAUGAAAAUCGUAGAUGGUAUAAAAGAUGUAUUACAAGAUAUGCAGUUUAACAAAUCUCUUCAAGAAGCAGAUGAUGUGUUAUGCAAUACCUUGGAAAAUUUAAGGCAAAUACGUCACAAUGAAGAUGCAGGAAUAAUGGAAACAAAGCGUAAACGAAAACUUUCUACUUCAUUUGAAUGUGAUAUUUAUAAUGACAGUUACGUGGUGUAAAUAAAUUACAAAAUGUUCUUCGUGGACACAAUGUGUCCACACCUAAAUUUUGUGCUGUUCGUUGUUUUACUAUUAUAGUUAAUACACUUUGUAUACCGUA